ACAACGAUAGAAGUUUGUAGAUAUAUUUAGUAACAACUGUCAUUCAAUAAUUAGAAUAAUAGUAAGCUACUUUUGUGGUCUUGUACCAUUAGACUGAAAAAAAUACACGAGUGCUACCUGUUCACUUUCCUGUUUACCAAAUGUGUGAUGCCAGGACACAAUAAGACAAUACAGCGGUCCUUCCACCUAUUUACAUUUAAGCUCAGUCAAGGUUUUAAGUGACAUGCUUCAUUAUAAAAUUUGCAGUGAUAUGAAGAAAUAGAGCUCUUUUGAGUUAUUUCGUGUUAAGCUGUGCACUUUUUUUGUUGGCUAGGACUGUUGAUUCUACCAAGAAUGAAAAACUUAAUAAGUUUUGACUUUGAUCACACAAUUAUUGAUGAUAAUAGUGACACGUGGGUGGCAAAAUGUUCUGACAAAAUGCUUCCUGACUGGCUUGAAAAUUCCUGUAGACGAGGAUUUUGGACAGAAUACAUGGGCAGAGUUUUCAGCUACUUGGGUGAUCAAGGAAUUGGAGCAGCUGAAAUGGAAACUAUUAUGACCAGCAUACCAUAUACACCAGGAAUGAUUGAACUGUUGACUUUCAUUGCAGAUCACAAAGAUUCCUUUGACUGCAUAAUAAUUUCUGAUUCAAAUGUUGUUUUUAUUGAUUGGAUUUUGAAAGCAGCAAACCUCCAAGGAGCGAUAGAUAAGGUGUUCUCGAACCCUGCAGUAUUUGAUAAUAGAGGAUAUCUCACUGUUCAGUGUUUUCACUCUCAUGAUUGUAUUGAGUGUCCUGUAAAUCUGUGCAAAAGAAAAGUAUUGGAAGAUUUCUUAAAUCAUAGUAAGCAACAAGGAUUGCAGUACAGUAAAAUCAUAUAUGUUGGUGAUGGAAGGAAUGACCUGUGUCCUUUAAAGUGUUUAAAAGAAAAUGAUAUUGCCAUGCCUAGAAAGGGAUAUGCAUUAGACAAACUAGUUUCUAGAAUAUGUGAGCAUUCUCUUUGUUUGAAACCCUUUGUUAAAGUCUGGUCAUCAGGGAGUGAAAUAUUAUUUCAUUUGAAACAAUUAUAUAAAACAUGUAUUAAAGAAGCCUGUACUUUUCGUGUUAAUUGUGUACUGUUGCCCACAUCCUUCACUUCACCUUUUGCAUGUAGUUUUCCUGUAGGAGUAUUUUCAGACUAUUUGAAGUAUAGCAUCACACCUUGGGACAUUUGGUAGGUGGCAAUUUGAUGCACCUAAUUUCAUAAAAACUUUCUUAUUCGGCAUAUUAUGUCAUACCCCAAGAAUAUGCAACUUAUUUCAUACUCUGAACAGUCUGUAUUAUAAGUUUUUCUUCAUAAUGCAUUAUAACAGGCUGAUGCACAUUACUGCUCCUGUAUUACUAGUUGUGCAUUUCAUAGAUGUGCUGUGCAAAUGAGAUGUGAGGAAUUGUACAAGUUAGCAGAGUAUGAUUCAGUGUGUGUUUAUAUGUAGUAGUAGUGUGAUCUUUUGAUUUUUGAUUUAUACUGUUUUUUUGCUAUCCUUGUGUGUGCUACUCCUGGGAUUCACAGGAUCAGCAAUUUGAUCGUCUGUCCGUUGCUGGGUAGAUAAGUCACUGUUCGGGAAUACUUUUCAAUUUUUAACUGUUUCUAGAUGUUAAUUUGAAGAUGAAAAGUUGCCAUGUCUGUUUAAGAAUGCUGGCAAUAUUUUGUGUUUUAUUAUUUUGAUGAGACUGAGUGGUCUGUCAGACAGAUUAUCUUCUAUUUAUAUCUCCUAAGAGAUAGAGUUUAAUUGGUCAUCUUUUUGUGAGGAGACUUGGUUUAUUUAAUUACUAUUUGUGCUUAAUUACUGGGGCUUUGGUAUUUGGUGAGUGUAAGUGUGUGCACUGCUUGUGAACACUUUUCUCUGACAACUUACCACUUCACCAACUCUUCCCAGCAAUAUGAACCAGGAAUUGGGCUGUAUUCUUGGCAGAACAAUGGAACAGCUUUCUGGUCCCUUGGUUCUACCUUAUCCUGGAUCAACACAAAAGAAAACCUGCAAGGAGCCAUUGCCAACACAGUGGGCUCAGCUAAAGUUUCGGCCACUGAUGGGUGACUGCAGUGGCCAUUAUGGGUUCCUCAGACCAUUAAUUUCUGGCUGCGGAGCCCUCUGGUGUGAUAUCAUCUGCCACCAUGAACUUGGGCGUAAGUCAUCUCCUCUGUGGUUGUUCAGGUGCUCCCGACAGUCAUGGAGAAUCAGCAAGAAGUGCAUGCCUACUUAAUCAGGUUGAGACCUUUUCCCUAGGCGAUGUUCCAUGGUUCAGUCAGACCCCUUCUAGGGAUGCCCUUAAAAAGAAACAAAGCUGAAUAUUUAUUUUUCUUGAGCAGUUUUUUUUUUCAGUUGAUAAGGGUGAGUUUAUUACUUUGGCAAAUGUUUUGUUGCAGACUUUAAAACCUUUUGAAAGUGACGAACUUUUGUGGGAAAAAAUAGAUCUGUC